CGCCCGGAUCAGUUCUUUGUCCUCGCUGCCACGCCUGUGCAUCCAGCCCGAGCGCCAUCAUCACGCGUUGACGAUGGAAUUUAGCGAGACGGCGACGACGACUUACACGCCGGAGGCGCAGGUAGCGGCGCGCAAAGCCGAGGAGUCGAGGCUGGUGCACGAAGGCACGGAAAUCUGGAAGGCCAAGAAGGAGGAGUCGAUGCGCCAGAAGCUGCGCGAACAAUAUGAACUGAGACGGAUGCUGUCUAAUUACUGGCCGUGGGGUCGACCAGGUGGUGGAGCACCAUGUGCAUCUGCUUUACGCAAGAGGAACGUUCCACUCGAACCCCGAGAGCAACCAUUUAACCAGACGUGGAGAACGAGAUCCCUAAGAGAUCGAUCCAACUGCAGCGGACUCUACAGAAGCACUUAUCAUAACGCGUACGACGCGUAUAACCGUUGCGAGCUUGAACAGUUUGAUAGGAGAGUGCCCGAGAACCCUGAGACAAAAGAGAAACAUAACGACGAUUGUCGUAUGCAUCAGGUUUACCAACUGACCGGUGGUGUCGAACUGGCUCCCCUAUUGCGCCAGUGGUCACCUGUCGACGCCACGCGUCCAGGAUUCAUGAUCGACUCAUGGCGGGCCUCGAGUCGAGCGACGGCGAGCCAGCGGCGCUACAUGGACGAGCUGGCCGAGCAGAUGCGUCGUAAGCGCGAGCUUGCAACGCAGGAGACAGCGAGGGAGGACGCGAGCUCGAGGUGUCACUUCGACACGUGGCAUCGGCUCUGGGGUAGGCCCGGCCAUGGAGCCCCUACCGUUGAUCAUGGCCCAAGGCGCAACAAUCUACACGACAUCCUCUAUCGGCCUGCGAUGCUGAUGCAUUGACGAGCCAGUCACGCAUGGCUUCGUACCCACUACGAGUAUGAUGUCGACGAGCGAAAUGCAGCUUUCGUCGCAAGCUAGUCCCUGCAGCUCUCAUUCUCUCUCUCUCUCUCUCUCUCCCCCUCCCUCUCUCUCUCAAUCUCUCGCAAUUGGACGUAGGUGCUUCGAGACAUACCGACGUAGCCCGCCUUUAGUUCACCGAUGUUGUGCCUGAAUUUCGAAUGGAACACGCACGAACAGUCGUGAAAAGCUAUUGACACUCCGGCAAUGGCUCUUCAAUAACUACUCCUUCAAAAUGCCCAACUAAUGAUGAUUUACAACUGAAUAGACGCUAUAUUUACUUAUUUCGUUAUUUUUCAAAGAGUAAUUUGAGUUAACAAUCGAUGCAACUGUUCAUAUACGACGGAAAAAUAUAUACCGAUAUCGCUCUGACAACCCAUUGAUUUUAAAAAUUUUUUUUCAAGUGAUCGAUUACCAUUUCAUGUGAUCUUACAUUUGUCAAAUUGACUGUCGGUAAGCUCUGCCUCACUGUGAUCUAUCGCGACUAUCUAUUUCGCUCAACAUUGCGAUUGACUAAUGAAACGAACGAAUUACUGAUUAUAUGGAGAACAAAACUUUUCAAGAAAUAGUACAUAAAUAUGAUCAUACGUCGACCCAACUUAUGACCGACUUAUUUGAUUGUAUAUCUUUUCAAACAAUUUGGGAGCACAAUAUGCGAAACGUAGCAUGUGUAUGUCUUAUCGCGCGAAAUUGUACGACGUCUGAGCUAACCGAAAUUUACUACUUGUCGUUCAAAAUGAAUUAUAACGUUCGAGUUGACACCGCCAUCGCAGUAUAUAAUCUAAUAAACAAGCGAAUUGAAGCUGACGAACGAGACAAACAAAGUAUACACACAUGCGCAAAACAUGGCUAUACGUCAAUGUAUGCCGUCAGACCAAACACGCCUCGUACUACUGGAUUAUCGAGCCUUUGAAAUUGUUUAAAUCGCGAUCUCAAUGAUAACUCGCUUUUCGAAAGUAUAACCCCCGCGCCGUAUUGUAAUUUGGCUGGGGUUUGAGAAAUUUAGCUGGGAGGCUAAUUUAUCACGGAGCCAUUCGAUAGAAACGAAUGGAAAAAAAAGAAAAAAAAAGGAAAGAUGAAAAAGAAAGAAGCUUAGUGCACCGGCUGGAAAAAAUGGGCUUAUUUAUCUUCAUUAGCGCUGGAGGUUGCUGGCGAGAAAGAGUCUUCUUCGCGCCGCUGGCAUUAAGUCGAGAUUACCAGAGAGAGAAAGCGAGAGAGAGAGAGAGAGAGAGAGAGAAAGAGAGAGAGGUUCUUUGUUCGCUGUGCGUAGAUAAGCUUCGUUGUGCAUGCUAUUUUUCGCGGAGCAAGUGCUCGCUUGUCGCCGCGCGCGGUCGCGCGCAGGCCGAUUUAUUUCGCCUUUCCUUGAAACAUCCGCCGCGUCUCCGACAAAGUCGCGCGCGUGUAAACAGGACGCGGCCAAGUGGAAAUGGGACGCAGUCGCACCGAUAAUAAUUGAGCUGGUCAGGCCUUUGAUGACGCGGCUUCUACGUCUCAACCGGGCCGUUUGUUCGGCCACGAGCUGCGGUUAAUGACGACGCCACGAGCGCUCGGGAUUGGUCGUGCGCUUUGUGCCAGCCGCGCCCCUAAAUGCCAAAGUUUUGCGCGUUGACUCUUUCGGCUGGCAAAUACUCCGGCCGGCUAGUUCUCCGCGUCCGCGCGGAGUACUGCGCACACAAUGCGAUCGUUACGCGCGCGGGAGCGAUGCAUUCCAGCCGGGAAUUACUCGGGCUCUGGUAAAUACCAGCUGUUUGACUAUGAUGGAUCGGAUUUUGCUUGCGAGUGCUGCGCGCGUUCCGCACUCAUAUUCUCUCUCUCUCUUUUCCCGUACGUGCGCUUGGUACAUGCUUUUAUUUGGGUUGUAUAUUGCAUUUAAUUGAUCGUAGUGCUCGUGUUAAGAUGGUCUGGAAUACUAUUCUAGCGUGCACACAUCGGCGCACUAAGAGUUUAGAGUUCGCGCACUUGCAUCUUCGAUGCUGUACGCGCGCGUAACUUUCUGAUUGUAACAGCAGAUAUUUUAGCGCGGCUUAUCAGUGUGCUUCCACUGUGCGAGCUGCUAUUACACCGUUCAAGUGCACACUCUCGAUGUACGCGUAGCUGAAUUCGCGUACGCUCGUAACUCACCGAGCCCUCGUAGCGACGUUGCAUUACACGAUCGCUCGAUCGCUCGACCUUGCCUCACUUCUCAAGUAAGACCGUGUUACGGAAAGAGAGCGACGCCUACGACGUCCUUAUCGCAGCUUGAGAACAUUGUGAACGGGCGUUGAGCUUGCGCCUUUGAACAGAUUGACUUUUCAAGUGAAGCUUUGAUAUUACUUGGCGGGGCGUUCUUUUUCACGAGGAUGAAUCGCCUUCUGAGAUGUCAGUGGGCGCAUUUGAAAUUCCGUAUGAGCGCGCCGGUGCGCGCGCCAAUCGAUGCCAGCCUUUUUUCCACGACGCCGACGUCGUAGCGGCCCGCCCCGCCGCUGGAGUAUAAAAAGUCAAAGCGAAAGAGUUGCGAGGCUGCAAAAGCAAUCAGUGUAAAAGCAGAGCAGCUGCGGUGACUUUGCGGGCCAAAGCCACUUUCAGCCCAGGCAACUACGGACCACCUCGCGGCAGCUCUUUCGUUGCGCAAGCGCCGCUCAUCGACAUAACACGAUCCGCCACCGACGCUCGCCCGGCGACGCUCAAUCUGGUGACGAAUGUCGGCGAUGCACAGAGAUUGAUUGCUAACGUGCUUUCGGCCGUGCGAUCGGAUUUUCAGUUGCUUUCUUUUCCGACAGAGCUUUUAGCUCGAUUGUUUUGUUUGCUGCUUGUUUUCUCAAAUCGUUUGGACUAGUUCUAUGUCAAGUUGAAUAUAAAAACGGUUAUUGAUACCAGCGUAAAUAUUAUUCAUCGUACGGCAAUAUAUUUACUUGCGCUAGUUUUUAGAUUCAACCGUAUGAUUAAUUUGUCGGCGAAUGCUUUAGAAUACCGUAAAUAAGUGAUUUGUAGAAAGCGUGUCAUUCUGGAAUAGACUUAAUGUUAGCUUCCUUAAAAGUUUAUUUGUUAUUUAGUGUUUUGAAAAUGUCACAAAUUCUGUAGUAAGCUUUACUAAAAAGGCAAUAAUAUUCUGCUCAUCGGCCAUUAAUACAUUCAUUCGCCCAUAGACCUUACUUGCUGCUUCAAAGU